GGUCGGUGGUAGUGAACGGUUUGGUGAUAGGGAGAAUGAAGAUUUCGAACUGCAGAACGCUCAGACUGACGCUGGAAACAUAAUCUAUUAGGUGCAGGCACAUCAGUGCCUGAGAGACCCCCUUUUAUGAUGGAUGUCGCCUAUGUGUGUGAGUGGGAGAAGAGACCCAAAAGCAAUCACUGUCCAUCCAUCCCUUUGGUUUGUGCAUGGUCAUGUAGGAAUCUCAUCGCCUUCACCACCGACCUCAAAAAUGAGGAAGAUGAGAAAGAUCUUAGCCAUAUGAUCCACAUUAUUGACACAGAGCACCCUUGGGAUGUGUACUCCAUAAAUUCAGGCCACACUGAGGUCAUCUCUUGUCUAGAAUGGGAUCAGUCUGGUUCCAGAUUACUCUCUGCUGAUGGAGAUGGACAGAUCAAAUGCUGGUGCAUGGCGGAUCACCUGGUGAACAGCUGGGAGAGUAACCUGGGCAGUGCUAUUGAAGGAGACCCCAUUGUGGCCCUUUCAUGGCUGCACAAUGGUGUUAAAUUGGCUCUGCAUGUGGAAAAGUCUGGUUCUACCAACUUUGGGGAGAAGUUCUCUCGGGUGAAAUUUUCUCCCUCACUGACACUCUUCGGUGGGAAGCCCAUGGAGGGUUGGCUGGCAGUGACUGUGAGUGGGCUAGUCACUGUGUCGCUGCUGAAACCCAACGGUGCACUCUUGACAGCCAGCGAGAGCCUUUGUCGCCUCAGGGGCCGUGUGGCACUUGCCGACAUUGCUUUCACAAGUGGGGGAAACAUAGUAGUGGCUGCGACAGAUGGCAGCAGCUCCUCACCGGUGCAGUUCUUCAAGGUGUGUGUCAGUGUGGUGAACGAGAAGUGCCGCAUUGACACAGAGCUCCUUCCCUCCCUCUUCAUGCGCUGCACCACGGACCCUGUCCGUCGGGACAAGUACCCCGCUGUCACACAUCUCAAGUUUCUGACGCGUGAAAACUCUGAGCAGGUGUUGCUGUGUGCCUCCAGUCAGAUGGGAAGUAUUGUGGAGUGCUGGUCCCUUCGGAAGGAGGGUCUUCCUGUCAAUAACAUCUUCCAACAUCGCUCGCCUGCAGUGGGAGAAAAGCAGCCAACGAUUCUGAAAUGGCGGAUCCUCUCAGCCACUAACGAUCUGGAGCGUGUGUCAGCCGUGGCUCUCCCAAAACUGCCCAUCUCAAUUUCCAGCACUGAUCUCAAGGUGGCAUCUGACACAAAGUUUUGCCCAGGUCUUGGCCUUGCGCUCGCCUUCCACGAUGGCAGCAUCCAAAUCCUGCAUCGGCUGUCCUUGCACAUGAUGGGUGUCUAUUAUGGCUCAGCAUCCUCGGGAACUGGUCAGAGGGUGGGUGAUGAGACAGCCAUCAAGCGGCAGCGAACUGGUGGCCCCACCAUACACUACAAGGCCUUGCAGUUUUCAUGGACUUCCCUGGCGCUAGUUGGGGUUGACAACCAUGGAAAGUUGCACAUGAUCCGGGUGUCUCCUUCCAUGGGGCAAAUGCUGGAUAUGAACACCCUGCUGCGCCACCUGCUCUUCCUGUUGGAGUACUGCAUGGUGACGGGCUAUGACUGGUGGGAUGUGCUGCUUCACGUGCAGCCGGGGAUGGUGCACAACCUGGUGGAGAAGCUGCAUGAGGAGUACAUGCGGCAGAACCAGGCCCUGCAGCAGGUACUGUCAACACGCAUUGUGGCUGUGAAGGCAUCCCUGUGCAAGCUGUCCUCGGCCACGGCCGCUCGCGCCUGUGACUUCCAUGCUAAGCUGCUCCUCAUCGCCAUCAGCUCCACACUCAAGUCGCUGCUGCGACCACACCUCCUGAACACCCCCGACAAGAGCCCUGGGGAUCGCUUGGCUGAGAUAUGUGCCAAGAUCACAGAUACUGAUAUUGACAAGGUGAUGAUCAACUUAAAGACAGAAGAGUUUGUGCUGGAUGCCUCUACUUUGCAGUCUCUGCAGCAACUCAUCCAGUGGGUGGGUGACUUUGUGCUCUACCUACUUGCCAACCUGCCCAACCUGGGUUCCGUGGUGCGACCCGGGUUUGGCUUCUUGCGGGACGGUGCUUCGCUGGGCAUGCUGCGUGAGAUGAUGGUAGUGAUCCGCAUCUGGGGCCUGCUGAAGCCUGGAUGCCUGCCCAUCUACACGGCUACGUCGGACAACCAGGACAGCAUGUCGUUGCUCUUCCGCUUGCUCACCAAGCUGUGGCUCUGCUCGCGGGAUGAGAGCCACCCCCAGGAGCCAGACGAGCCCCUCAUAGACGAGUGCUGCCUGCUCCCCAGCCAGCUGCUGGUGCCCACCCUAGACUGGCUGCCCAUCAAUGAUGGUGUCAUCUGUAAGCUCCAAAGCAAGCAUGCCCUCCGCCUGCAGUUUGGCAAACCGUAUAGCCUGCCGGGCUUGAGCAGCAGCCCUCAGGUGGAGAUCUUCUCCAGGAGUCCUGGCGCUCAGCGGAUGGACCACCUGCGGUGCCUUCACAUGGGCGUCAGCCCCACGGAGGACAGCAAAGCCUGCACCAGGUGUGGCUGUGUCACCAUGCUGCGCUCACCCAACAAGACCACCGCUGUGAAGCAGUGGGAGCAGCGCUGGAUCAAAAACUGCCUUUGUGGAGGGCUGUGGAGAAGGAUCCCCAGCACUGUGUCCUGAAAGAUAGAGCACCAGCACUGUGGUGUCAAAUGGCGAGUGUGGGGGAUCUUCUGCAGCUGAAUUAAUCUUUUCUAUAGUCUGUAUCAUAGUCUUGCUUUGGGAGUUUUAGAAAUGGACCACUUCAAAGGGUAUCAUGCUGCAUAGGUAAACAAGAAUGGGUGAACUGGAAAACAAGGAAAAUGGAAUAUCUGUUCCGUUUAGGUUUUGGAGGAACAAGCAGACAGAACUCUUGUAUUAUUUAAAAUGCAUCAGUUACACUUCAGAAAGACUGUAAUUAUGUAACUUUUUUACCUGAGUACAUAAUUUUAAUUUUUUAUAUUUUGUGUCAAAUGUGUCGAGUUCAGCGCAAGUCCAAUGGUGAUCUAAAAUGAAACGAGAUACAGUACUUCUGUGAAAUUGUCUUUUUCCUUUAAUGUAAUGAGGACUGGGAGCCACAAGGAGGCUCCACCUCUCAAGAUUGUGAAUGAAGGCUACACAGGACUGGGCUUUUGAACAUCUUAAUCCUACAUCCUGAGUGACGUAGUGUGAAGAAGAAUUGAUUAAAUUGAGAUUUGAAGUUUUAAUUUAAUUUGUGGACUUACAGGAAAUACACUGAGCCGUACACGCGAUCACAGUUGGAACAUGAUGCCCGUGACCGUGUUAAAUUCAAUGUCGAAGCAGAUCAGUACUCGAAGACAAAAUGCAGUGUGAGAAAGUGGUUGUCUAACCUGUAGUGCUAAUCUGUGGAUGGUUUUGUGAUUGGUGAGACAGCUACAGCACAGUCUUAAUGGCUCACUGAUUUGGGAUCAUUAUGCAAGAAAGGAUCUCUCAAACAUACCUCUGGUUUGUGCCUUAUUCUGAAAAAAUGUUGUGAUCCCUCUUACAGUACUCUUUACUGGUGACAUUUUACAACAUUUUGGGGCACUUAAGUGAGGAGUUAUAUAUCUAUAUUUUUUUAACCAAAUUUUUAUUACUGGAUUUUAUGAAUUUGUCUGAAAUACAAAUGUUGCAACCAGCAUCUACAAACAAGCAAGUACAGUAACUGGGACUUGUGUAGUUUUCAUACUGAUAUGUGUAGCUUUUUAAUUCUGUCCUCAUUACCAAAAGCAGCUGAACCGCAUCUCGGUCUACGCCUGGCAUCGCAUCAUUCUGCCUUGAGUGCUUCUCUGGAUCACUGCCUCGUGACACACAGUCACAGAAGAAAUGCAGUAAAGCUACAGUUUGACUGCGUAAUAUUACCCUUAAUUUUAGUGUAUAAAUUGAAGCUGCAGUAGCUUUCCUUACUGCCAGAAAGAUAGACGCAAGAUGUUUUCCUAUUUGUUUACAUCACUGAGGGGAAAAAAAAGAAUGUCAUCUAACCAGACUUCUGAUUGUCAGCUGGGAAUUUUUGCAGGAUCUGUUAUUGAGUCUCGUUUAUAUACUGUGUAAAUCAGAUUGUACAACAAAGUGGAAGUUUGUUUAAUCUUUUUGGUUCUUUGCACUAAUUAUACCUUUCUCAGUAUAAUUACCCUUUCUGCAAGUUUGCAAAGGUCAUACACAGGUAGGGUUGUAGGAAAUACAAUAGGAUAAUUUACUGCGCCUCUAUAAUCUUAGCAGGCCGGGCAACUGUGGUGGUUAUUGCAGCAUAUGGUAUGUCCACCAACCGCGACCCUGCUCAGCACAAGCAGUUAUUGAAAUAUGAUGCAUGGAAUAUGUCCAC